GUGCUACUGCAUACUAUGACCGAAUAUCAGCAUCAAAAGCGUCUUAGUGCCAUGAAAUCAUCAAGUCGGUCCGAAUAACACAAUUGAUAAAAGAUCUCAAGCUUAAGUCAAGAAAGUCUGGGGACCCCAGAUUUUAUUUCAUUUGCAGGUUCUCAUUCUUCAAUAUCUGACAUGAAGGUCGUUACCGCUCAUUUCGUUGCCGCUCUAUUAUCCUCCAGCGUGUUAGCAUCAACAUGUGUAUGUGCCUUGGGGGCAAACAUGAUAAUAUUAUAAUAGCUGACAGCUCCAGUGUCAUCAAUUGAAGGGGAGUCUCGGCGACAAAAUCAGCUUUCCUGAUACCAAAAGCUACAACGCCACGUUAACUAGCUACUGGUCGAAACAAGAGUCUGCGCUUCACCCCAGUUGCGUCCUGCAGCCUACCACCGCCCACGAUGUUGCCGCUGCCUUGAGGAUAAUCAGCACACAGAAAGAUUGCAAAUUCUCAAUCAAGAGUCAUGGUCAUGCUCCUGCAGCAGGCUUCGCCAACUCCAACAGCGGCGUGACCAUUGACAUGACAACUCUCUCAUCCGUGUCUCUGGACAAGAGGUCAACCAUUGCAAGCAUCGGCGCAGGCGCAAAGUGGCUUGACGUCUAUCAGCAUCUUGACGGCUCAGGUGUUCAAGUCGCCGGAGGUCGAAACGGAAAUGUCGGUGUUGGAGGCUUGCUCCUUGGUGGAGGAAUAUCGCAUUUCACUACCAAAGUCGGAUGGGCUUGUGAUAGGGUGGUCAACUACGAGGUUGUACUCGCUAAUGGCACUCUGAUCAAUACAAAUAAGAAAGAGAACUCAGACCUGUUCCUCGCUUUGAAAGGAGGGGGCAACAAUUUUGGAGUUGUUAGCCGCUUCGACAUUGAAACAUUUCCGCAGGGCGACAUAUCUACAACAAGCAUCUCCUACAAUAUUACUGAGAGGGGGAGGGUCUUCCAGGCUUUUACAGACUUACUUGAUUCAUCGACAUACGAUCCCGACGCGUCCUUGGUUGCCAGUCUUCUCUACAGCUCAGCAUCCAAAGGCUGGUCACUGUCAGCAUCGGCUGUAUACACGAAGCCCGUUUCCCAGCCAAAGAUCUUCAAGGGUCUUUCAGAUGUGCCUCACACGAAGCUGGUCAAUAAUAUCACGACAUUGGCAGAGUUCGCGAAUGAGAAGGAUACGCCGCCUUUGAACUGGGUUUUUGCGACAUUGACUCUGAAGCCAUCCGCACAAAAUAUGCAGCAUAUGUUUGAGACCCUCAACAACACUAUCUAUUCAUUCAACCCACAGGACGGCGUGACAUGGAGUAUCGCCUUUGAGCCGUUGGUAGCAGCGAUGCUGGAAGGUUCUAAGCACACCAAUGUCCUCGGCCUUAAAACAGCCCAUGAUGGCUACAUUGUUCUUAUCUCAGCGCUGUGGCCGAACUCGGCUGUUAACUCAAACAUUGAAGCAAAGACCAAGGAGGUUCUGUCAGUAUGGGAAGAGGAUGCUCGUGCAAAGGGACUGCUACAGAAGUUCCAGUACCUCAACUACGCUGCGCCAUACCAAAAGCCGUUUGAGUCAUACGGAGCUGAUGAGCUGGAAUUUCUCAGGUCGGUCAGCAAAAGGUAUGACCCUGCUCAAAUCUUGCAGAAGAGAGUUGGUGGCUUCAAGCUCUGAGCCCAAUGAGAAGGUCGCACCCCAAAAGGAUAUCGAGAGCAGCGACAGCACUCGUGAUUCAGUGUGUAGAAAAAGCAUAGGGAGACAAGCUGUCAAGGCUUCCAAGCAAAGAGUCUAGUGUACAUUUCGUGUAUCUCAUGUAUCUCGAUUUACUAGGUAUCACAUCUAGCUAACAUCACAUCCUAAUCCCUCGACGCCUUCGCCUUCAAUCCAAACGCACCAAAAAGCAUCAUGAAAACGUAAACAAUCAUCAUAUACAGACCUUCACCGAUGUAACAAACCGCCGCAACGGGGUCGCCAGCGCCUCUUCUAACUGCGCCAAACAUCCACUUUGCAUCCUUCUUCGCUUCGCCAACAGCCCAUGUCAAAGGUGACGGCUUAGCAGGUCUCUCCUUGAUCUUGGGUCUUGAGCCAGGGAAAUCAGCGACACCUUUCCUCUUCCCUUCGAGAUCUUUGAGAGUGAGGGUGUGAUUCUCGUGCUGGCGGUUGCGGACGCUUUCCUUUGUGAGCAUACCUCGGAUGGUCUCUUUUUCGGAGGCCGUGUUGUGGUUCCACCAUUCUUCGACGGCGGUGAACAUGUAUUUCUGGAUGGGUGUUUUGUGGCGUGGGAAGGCGGGAUGAUGCAUGAUUGUGAGGAUCUGGCGGAUUGUUUCUUCUUCGUUGCGGAAUGGAUCAUCCCAGCAUUUGACGACCUGUUGCGUUGUCCAGUUUGUCGUGACGGAGGAGACGAGACCAGCAGGCUGGUUGAGGACGUUGCUGAAGUGAUCCUUUGAGAUGUCCGAAUGGCUCGGAUCAGACCCGUCGCCAUCGAGGUAGACUUCGGCAGAAGUCGACUUCGCAGCUUCAGCAUCAACACGUUCUUUCGCUGCCUUGAGCGCAUUGCGCAACUGCAUGAUAGAGCUCUCAAUCAUGAGCGACAGGUACUUGAAGACAAGCUGGUCCGUGUAUUUGCCCAACUGCGUGCUCGACUCCUCCGACAGCGGGUCAGCAUCAUGCUGUUCCGUGCGUUCUUGUAUCCAUUUCUUGAUUCGAUCGUGGAGGUAGAAGAUCGGUUCGAUGGUCUGCCAAAGCUGAUUGGCGUCGAGGCUGCUCGCGGCGGUUGAGCUUUGUUUUUCUUCUUCGGCUUUCUUGAAGAGCACGCCGACGGUCUCGAGCUGUUGGAGAAUCGGGUCGUUCGUCUUGGAGGCUAGUUUGCUUAUCGCUUGUAUCGCGGCUUUGAGUAGGUCGAAGAUAUGCUGGAAGGCGAUUUCACCGAGGUUCAGUUCCUGUUGGCUGUCAGCGUGGGCAUGUGAAGGGAGGGGUCGGCGGCUUGCGCACGUUCUCGAGAUUCUGCAGUGAGCCUUUGCACUGGAGGAUGGCCAUGUCGUCGGCUUCACCAAGAAUACUGUGAAAGAUGUCGAGCAUUCCGAAAGUGCCAGUGACGAUGGGCGGUACCAUGCGACUUCUCCAUCGUGGCGUCUUGACGCGACAGGCUUCGCCGACAAAGGCAAAGACGUCGUGCUCGCCAAGUUCAUGUAGGCAGAGUUCCGUAAAGUUGCUAUGCGCCGAAAAGUCUUCGAGGGUAUGAAGCGCAGCGCCAAGAUGAAUGAAAGCUUCCUUCUUCGACUUUGGAUCCUUCUCGCGCCCAAGUCGAAUGCAUUCGCGUAGCUCUCGCGUGACGUAAUCAGCAGAAGUAUCCCAGCCUUUGCCCGAGUUUGCGAUGUAAUUCUUCAUGCCCGUCUUGGGGUCAAACUCGAGUUCGCGUGGAUCCAAAGGCCCUCUCAACCUUUCGUCAAUCUCCUUGGCAUUACUCGGGUAUCCCUUGGGGUUGUCGAUAUGCUCCACAUGAGUGUAACAUCCCAAGCGCUCGCGCGUCACCUCGAACUCGUCGGUCGCGAAGCCAAACUCCAGAAACCCCAUGAUGCUGACAAUAGCUCUGAGAACAGGUUCCGGAACAUUAUCAAGGCCUGUUGUAUCGAUUAUUUGCGAAAAGUCUCGUAGCCAGUUCCCAAAGUAAAUUUGUCGUCGCUCGAGAGUUGAAAAUCUGUAGUGCGUCACGAAACUCGCCGGGAGGUACCGAAGGGCUUCGACGAUGUCGCCAUGACGCCAGACGUAACCGUUGAAUUCGCUAGUGCCUGCUACUUCACCUGCUCCAAAGGCUGAGACGCGGUCGGCGAAAAGGAGGCAUACGAAGGCGACGAGAAGAAGUCGUGUUGCCAAUGCCAUUUCGACGGAAUGAGAUGUGACGUCAUAAAUGCAUUCAAGAUUGACAAAAAG